AUGCAUCUGCUUUUUACACCCAACCACAUCCAGCUUCUCAAGUCGUGUUACCCUCCAGGAUCUGCAUUACAGACCGCUGGACCUGAUUACUCUCCAAACUCACAUGAGCUUAGCCGUUUGACUUACUAUGCGUCAGUCUACCUUCGUCCCUUUGAGAUCAACACCAAUUCUGCUUCUCACAGGUCAAACCAUCCGGGAAAGCUGACUAAAAUUGCCAGCGAAUUGGAAAGACGGUUGAGGUCAGAAUGCCGGAAAGCCAAGGCGGGAAAUAUACGCACAAGAGCCUCUCUUCUCAUCUCUCUGCUGAUAUUCCGAGCCCUUGCAACAGAGUGCAGGCGAGAUAUCGCUCUCCUCUCACCAUCCCUAAUAGCAGCAGUGGAUGUUACUCUUGCUGCUGUUCCUCAAGACCUAGAAGUCGUAGCAAGGGCCGCCAGUGUGUUCACCGCAUGGACUACCUAUACAGAUGGGCAUUUGAUUGGCGCGGACAGUUCCAUGACGAAAGACUAUCUUUCAACUCUUCGGCGGUUUUCAAGUCUAAGCUGCAACGAAAUUGCUGACCCGGAGUCCCGAAAUCGGGGCCGGCUCAUUGGGUUUGCUGCUUUAAGUGGAGCUUUAAAUUCCGAAGCUCUAUACAAUGACUCUACUCAAUUUCGAACUCAAGUCUCAGUCAUGUUACAGCCGAUUAUGAUGGUGCUUUUUCAAACUCCAUUGUCCACCCUCGACGACCAAGCGUCUGUGGUGAAAGAUACCCCGGCAUCUCCCUAUUUAGCUGAAUUUAGAACAAGGCCAGCAAUGGAACGGCGUGCUGCUUCAAUUCAUAUACACAUCGAUGGUGAUAAGGGCCCCUCUGAAAGUGACGUAUCAGACGCCGCGGUGCGGGCUCUCUUCUGUUUGUUAAACCAUGCCGGCGGCUCACAGCUGGGAUGCAUCAUGGCGUCUUCGUUUGACAGUCUUGAUAGCUUUCUAGGUUGGACCAGCCUUAGCCACUGCUGUUGGUUUGCAAAAAAAACUGCCGACUGGGCGCAGUAUCAAUAUCGUUAUGUAGUUCCGACUUGGCUCGUGGAACGACUGCUGGAAAAUCAAAACGCUGCCACGUCUACGCCUGUGCAUGUUGCGCUUACCGCCAUGGUCACCGCCGUCUUCAGCUCUUCAACCCCUCUCAUCAAUCUAUCUUCUUCUGACAUCAUGUCCAAUCUCUUAACACUUUUGCUCCGACGGACUGCUAUUUCUGCUGAAGACGCAUUGCUCCCUUCACUGGUCGAUUGCGUUGCUUCUUUGGGUUGCCAUGUGUAUUAUGCGGACCAAAUACAGGACCUUGCGGGAGAAUUAAUCAAUCGCCUUGUGAUAGUGGAAGUACAAGGUGUUUCAGCUCGUGACAAACCUACAUUUGUGCAGAGCAGAUCUUCCGCUAUACGACGCAUAUUAGCUGGUCUACUGGGUCUUAUCCGCUCUGCAAACAAGACCGAGAUCAUAAAGGGGGCCGACGCACAAAAUUCGCCGACCUCUGAUACUGACACCCCACUGCAACCUUAUUCUUCCUCAGCCAAUGUCUCUCGGAGAGAUCGUGGCGCUGACGAGCGCCUUCCCAGAAGAACACGGAUUGCUCCUGAUGUAUGGCAAGACACCCUUAGUCUCGUUUGCGACAGCGACGACGCUGUGCGCAUGGAUUACGCAGAUGCGCUUACGUAUUAUCUGGCUCAAGAGAUGCCCAAAAUUUACGAAAAUGUGAAUGCGAGUAGGAUGAAGCACGGGGAAGGCGCCCACUUGAACCAUUUCGCUCUUGGUGGCGAUUCUGGAAGCAAAUUUCUAAACGCUAUACAUGCCUAUAUUUAUCUCCUUACAAUCACUCCUGCUUCAACAUCCACCAAUCUUCCACCUCCAAAUUCCUCUUCGCCCAGCGAUCCAAUCAUCUCUCUUGACACCUCUCACGUCAACCUGCCAGACUCACCCCGGUCGCCUGCGAGUGAACGUCGCCUUUCUGUACCUCAUGGCCCACGGAUGCAAAAAGUAUCACUUGUCCGACGCCUUCUUGAAGGAGCACCGUCUCGGGUGAUCUCAAUACCCAUGGCUUCUCCGACAGACUACGCAAAUAUUCUCAAGAUUCUCACGGCAGUUCAGGAGCACCUACCUGUCCGAGGUUUGCUUACAGGUGUACCAAUGCUGCUUGCAUUGAAUGCAGCCACGGAAGGUCAUGAAGGAGCUCCUUCACAGAACAUAAUUUUUAUGAAAGGAGUAAUCGCCAGAGUCUUAUUAGUGAUAGGCAAGGUCUGGAACUCUGACGAUCUCCAGAAGCUAGUUGAAGAGGCACUCUCUUCUGCACCACUGUUUCCUGUGGGAAGUCGUACAGAUGAGGGAGGGCAUCCACCCUUUCCCUGUGUUUCCUGGCCUGGAGUAGACCUGGACGCUGCGCUAAUGGCCAUCGCUUCAUGUGAGGCCAUUCAGGAAGCUACUGGGAUGGACAAAGACGGGCUUCAUCGCCAGAUAUCGUCCAAAUGGACGGCAGAAGCCGCACUCAGAAACUCAAACGACGUGACAUUAACGAACUACGAUUCGACGAUCAGAGGGGACGGCAUCUCUCCGCUGCUCAAAAUAUCUCCCGCUCUCAUGCACAUUGAAAACGUCUCACUCCAGAGUUUGGCUCGUUCUACCAGAGGGCUGGGAGUCACAGACCUUCGCGAGGCUUUGGAGGGGCGAAGCAGCAUGUCCAACCCGGCCUUAACAGGACCGCCUUCUAUCUCCACACUUGACCACGCAUCAUCAAUGACGGGUGGGGAUGCUUUCCUCAGGCUUACCCAGACACGGUCAAGAACUAGGUCUAAGAAGCGCGGACCUCCCUCUGGGUCAAGUGAAGUUCGGGAUGUUCUCACCAGGCUUGGCAUUGGAAAGCAGAACGGGAACCUUCUAAAAGCCUCAUUGUUGCAAAAAAAUGAUUGA